AAUGGAUGGGUGGGAAUUUAAAAGCUCCAAACCAAAGCUGAGGCCCUCCUCUCUCUAUCCUUAACUAUCUUCACCCAGUACUCUUUUUCCCAUCCACCAUUUAUUAUUUUAUAUAUGUAAAUAUUUUUAUUAAUUUUCAUUUUUUUCCUUUCCAAGAAAAAAGUGAUCAGUAGCUUGGUAUCAGAUUCAUUACAUCCACCAGCAGCAGUGAUUCUGGAUGUAAUGAGUAUCCAAGUGAGAAUCCCUUGUUCUUGGUCUCUAGGUGUUCGGGAACAUCUUUUUAGGGGAAGGUGUUGUAAUAUUUCAUACAUUGGAUAUUCAGGUCCUGCGUCUUCUUCUGAGGUAUUAAUUUUCCUUCAAGGGCGCUACCUUGUAACUGGUUCUGGUAGAAGUACCAGAAAACAUUGGUCCCCUAUAUAUUCUAGUGCAGUAGAUGACGGGAUGGAUUCAGAUGACUCUGACGACGAGGCUGAUAAGGAUGAAACUUCUGAAAGCAAAUCUAAAGAAGAAAAUAGCAGAAGUAUUAGAGAAAAUCUUGAAAGAAUCGUCGGGACUGAUGACUCCGCUUUCAGUGGGUUGGACCUAGCAACCCUUAUUAGGAAUAAAUAUGGAAGAUCCUAUGAUGUCCAGCUGAUAAAGAAGGAAUUCAUGGGAAAAAAUCUCCUUGCUAUGAAUGUCAUGUGGAAGUAUGUCGAACAGAAAUCUUUUCCACUAACUGAAGAAGAGUAUCUACUGAGACUUGAUGACGUUGCAAACACAUUGAAAUGCUGGGGAGCUGUCUCCCAUAUUCGAGAUAGCCUAAUAAAGUCUAAAGAGAGGCCUCGCAUAGGAAAGGCUGUCAGCAUUUUUAUAGACAUGGACGAGUCUGGAGGCCGUGCAAAUGAAUGGAUAUACAGAUAGUUACUUUGUGAAUUCUUAGGUUGAAAAUAUGCAUUUUUGUAAGCCCUACCAUUCCCCAGAUCCCACUUCACUGAUGAGCUACUGAAAGUUUUAGCUCGAAUCAUGAUUCCUGUUUAAUUAACAAGAUGUUAAUCAGAAACCCUGAUAUCGCCUUGUACAUGCUCUUAGUUUUUGUUCUCAACUUAUUAGAUAUGCGGAACAUAAAUCUACAUCAGAAACCGCCUCUUGUGCAUAUGGAAGAUCUUAUUUCUUGACA